AUGUCAUUCUGCAAUAACACCCAUUCCAGUGGUGGACUAACCCACGCUCAACGCAACCGACUCAUCAAAUCCACACGGAAAUUAGGGAUGGUUCUCGGUGAGACACCUACCGUCGAUAGCGAUAGUCUCGGUCUUGGAUUUGGAUUUGGAUUUGGACUUGGGGGUUCAGAUCCAUCUUCGGCUCCGCGUCUUAGCACUUCUUCAUCUGAAAGCUACGGUCAUGGUCAUGGCCACGGUAACCAACCGUCUUUAUCCCUUGCGAGACAGUCAUCGGGAUCAUCUAGUGGUAGUACUACCAACAGCCGACCUUCAUUAUCCCUUCCACCACCACCCAUAACCGUCCACCCACCUACGAGCUCAGUUCCAUUACCCAUGAACACGAAUAGUGGAGGAGAUGGCAUGUCAACCCCCCUCACACCCACUUUUGUCAUUCUCAAUCGGGACAGUCCGUUCUGCCCUACGGGUACGACGGUUGAAGAUUCCGAUUUGUACGAAACGGAAACGGAAACCCCAACGGAAACCCAAACCCAAACUCAAAUGACGGACAUACGAAGAAAGAAGAUGGCGAAACUUGUGAGGACGUUUGGAGAGAAUGUUCCGCCCGAGUUGGUUACGAUUGGGCAACUUGGGGCUGGGUUGGUGGUUGAUGCGACGGGUGGGAUUGGGAGUUGGAAGUCGGACGAGACGAAGAAAUAUGGUGCUGAUAUGAAACGAUCAUCUUCGUCAACCACCAUAUCUGAUUCUUCAUCACAAUAUUCAGUAUCAGUAUCAGUGGCCACCACACCUCCACCACCAGCAUCGCCUAGAUCUGCUUCUGCAUUCGCACUCGGGCGUUCCAAGUCGUUGUAUACGCGUUCGAAAAGUUCUUCCCUGCCCCAUGCCCACCAACGAGCGACCUCUGGGACGAGCGGGGAUAGGGAGUUGGCGUUUUCGAGACUUACUAGUGGUGGUGCUGGUGCUGAUACCUCUGUAUCACCUCCCUUUCUUCUUCCAGUCCCAGAUCGGACGAAACAUCAAGUUCAUCUCGUUGUAUCGGAGACGCAUAGGAAAGGAAGAGAAUGGUCUGGGGAGUGGAAUCAGAGGGAUAUGCAACAGGUUGUUGAUCAGUUGAGGAGGUUGAAGUGAGUGAGGGAGUGUAGGUGGACUUUUCUUUUUUUGGAGCGGGGUGUUCUUUGGCUGGUUUCUUUUCGAAGACGCAGUAAUCAUGGCUAUGUUUUCUUGUGUGUUGCUUUUUUCUUUCUGAUCCUACAGACUACAUCUACAUCCACCCACUUUACCAUUUUUACCAUAUCUUCGGACCUUGCAGCUUGCCAUCUACAGCAUUAUGUCGUUUCUCCCCUUGUACUACUUACUUGGUGCAGCGGUACUCAGUGAACGUUAAUUCAACUAGGGUACUGUAAAACCCGAUCGGUCCAAGUCGGCGUAAAUGCGGCGGCAGAGGCAGACCGACUUGACCGUAUUCCCCA